AUAUAUUAGACAGGCGCUGAGCGAUGUGUCCUCCUGUUCUGACAGCUGUGAGGCGAGUGUCAGAAGCCCGGAAACGCCUGACAGGAGAUGACCUCGCUGUCAGGUGAUCUCUCGAUGAAGCGAUGAGCGUUCGAGAUGCGAGAGUGCAGUGACUGUUGAAGGGUGGAGAAGAAGAGGACAGGGCUCUUGCUGAAUAUGGCGGUGAUAACGCAGUUUAAAAGAAAAGAAGAUGCGCAAGAUACAGGGUAAUGGACCAGGAACAACCUUGAUUUAAUUCUUUUCAAGCAGUAAAUGAAACCGGAGAAGGCUGUUAAAUUGUGACUAUUAAAACAUUGUAUUCUUGGGUAAAGAAGGACUUCAGCCUCAGAAACCAGAAACACAUGCUAAAGGUUCCAUGAUGUCGUCACCUGUAACUGAAGGAAACAAACAAAACUUUUCUGAGAAUGAUCAACAGGGGAAUACAUCCAUUCCAAUCAUAUUCACUGCACCUUAUGAGGGUCAACAGCCUCCAACCUUCCCUCAGUUUACUCAUGCGUUACUAUUCCACCAGAUUUUUCUGAAAGGAAAACCAAAACCUUUGGGAAUUGUGCUGAUUGUGGCUGCCAUCCUGCAGGUUGCCCUGGGAAUUGCAGGUCUAUUCACCACAUUUGCCGUUUCCAUAGUAAUGGGUAUACCAUUCUGGGGCUCAGUGUUUUACAUUAUUGCUGGAUCCCUCACAAUUGCAGCACAAGUGGCCCCGAACAUAUGUCUGGUGAAAGGUUCUUUGGGUCUAAACAUUAUUACUGCAAUCGUAAGCUUUAUCGGUUUUAUUUUGACCUGUGUGGAUUUAUUUGUCAUCGAUAAUUUCCCUGACUAUGAGUACUAUAUCAAUGGCUCACGUGCUGGCGGGUCCUUUGUCCUUGCAAUUCUUUUGAUCACCAAUCUUCUGCUGUUUUCUGUGUCCAUUUCUGUUUCGGUGUUUGGAUGUCAGGCUCUGUGUCACUCACCUAGUAAUGCUUCUCAGAUAUUUUUGGUACAAAAUGACACUGUGAUUGCAGCACCUCCACCACCGUAUGGGGUUAUAGAUAUCAAAAGCCCUACUGUGGAAUAAUUCUAUGUGAUGGAACUAUGAGAGGAGACUGUGAUUAUUCUAUAUACCAUCUUAACCACACCAUUACCAGGCUCAAGCAUAUGGAUCAAAGAUUGUAUAUCAGAUCAUACUUUUUAUACUUUUUAAAAUUCUACUGUUCUAUAUGAUUAAAAUGUAACAAUAAAUGUAUAUUGACCAAAGAUUUGUUUUUGAAAUAUAAAGAGUAGAACUUUAAGGAACACUUCAGAAAACACAUAUGAGCUAUUUUC